AUGUCAGAACUAACUUCUUCUGUGCUGUCAGAAGUAAUCUCUGGUGUAUCUUAUGGCUCCAGAUCCGCGGACGAUGACGUGAUUCCCACAGCAAUUGUGAUCAAAAACAUUCCAUUUGCAAUCAAAAAGGAGCAAUUACUUGAAGUUAUAGCUAAGAUGAAUUUGCCAUUGCCGUAUGCGUUCAAUUACCAUUUCGAUAACGGGGUUUUCCGUGGUUUGGCGUUUGCCAACUUUGCUACAACUGAGGAAACUACUCAAGUGGUCAGUACACUGAAUGGGAAAGAAAUUGGCGGGCGUAAAUUGCGUGUUGAGUACAAGAAAAUGCUACCGCAAGUAGAACGGGAACGCAUCGAGCGUGAAAAACGUGAAAAACGUGGACAAUUGGAGGAACAACAUCGCACUACAUCUGCUCUGUCGUUACAAUCGCUCAACAAGUCCUCAGGCGCCGGUAACAAUAAGGACACGAGCCCUAUCAACCCUCUGGCUCAGCUUUCUUCGACUGAUAAUACACCAACCGCUUCCCAGAGGCCCCAUACGCCUUUGGGAGGGCUCUCAGGCAUCCCUGGUCAAAGUCUACGUCCUGCCCUGACUUCCAACCAUAGCUCGCAACUUUUUCAAAGCCUAGUUGGCCAAAGCGGUAAUGAUGGUCAAAAUGCUCUUAACGGGAACAACCUGUCGUCACAGUCGUCGAUUGUUCCACAACCACUUUUAUCGGCCCAGAACACAGCCACUUCCAUGUCAAUCCCCCCUCAGCCAAUUGGAGGGUUUUCUUCCGAACGGUAUUACGCGCCACUUCCUGCUUCUGCAAACCUGCCGCUCCCCCCUCAACAGUUGGAUUUCAAUGAUCCUGAUGUCUUGGAACUUUACUCGCAACUUCUCCUUUUCAAGGACCGCGAGAAGAGCUAUCACGAGUUGGCAUAUCCGGUAGGUCUUUCUGCGACUCAAAAACGCGUCAUUAAUGUUCUUUGCUCAUUUUUGGGGCUUGUGGAAGUUUAUGACCCUAGCUUCAUCAUCAUUCGUCGCAAGAUGUUGGAUCAUGCUGCUUUACAGUCACACUUGCAGCAAGAAGGACAGUUGUCGUUAAUGCAACCUUUACAGCCUAGUUCAACUGGCGGAUCUGGGAUGUCUCGUUCUCAUUCUUACACCUCUUUGCUACAAGCACACGCUACUGCUGCUGCUGCCGCAGGUAGCAGCAAUAACAUGGGUCAGGCUACGCAAACGCCACUACCCUCGCAGUCGCCACUCCUCCAACCAACUGCCGUGCACCAACUGGAUUCUCAAAGCCAACAGCAGCAAUCAAUUUUAAGGCAACAAUCCACACAUACCCCUUCAUCCUCUAUUUUGCAGAAUCGUAUCCCCACUGGAUACACGAAUAAAGUCAAUACCCCGUCUUCCAAUAACCCAUUGUUGAGAAACUCCGGUCUGUCACCAACAACUAACCAAAUACAGCCUAACACAGCCCAGCGUAUGCCCUCCUUUUACUCACAAGCACCUUCAACACCUAACCUGGGUGAAAACCGCUACAAUAGCUCUCAAAACCUUGUACCCCAGCAUACGAAUAGCAGCAUCCACUCUAAUUACUCUGUGCAUUCCUUCCACGAUCCAGCUGUCGCGGCAGCGGAUUCUCAGAACCAUGGCAUGAUGUACAAUUCGUCUCAAAUUGGUCUAGGUGCUGAACUAGACGGAGAUCUCAGUCGCUCCUUGAGCGGUCUUGAUAUCCAAAACAAACGAAACCUCUGGGGUUGA